AUGCAGUUUUCCACCUCCCUUUCCCUACCUAGUCGCUGCAUCCUGGAGCGAGGAGCCUCAUUGAAACGAAUUCCGGUCUCAGUGGGCAGAAUCCUGAAACCAUGGCUCUAGGGUCUGGGAAGGGGCGCGGAGUCCAACGCUCCCGCAGUACAGAUGGGGAGACUGAGGUCCAGAGCCCGGCGGUCCAGAGCCCGGCGGUCCACCGCCCGCGUAGAAGAAGGGGGCGCGUCCUGCCCGGCUGGCCGCUUGGAGCCGGGGCCGCCUCCGCCCGCCCCCCGCGCCCGUGACCCCAGCCCUGCCUUUGCCCUUGCCACGCCGCCUGCUCGGGAGCGAGUCAUGGUGGCGGGACUGGCGGCAGCAUGGCUGCUCCUGGCGGCUGCUGCCUGCGCGCAACGGGAGCAGGACUUCUACGACUUCAAGGCGGUCAACAUCCGGGGCAAGUUGGUGUCUCUGGAGAAGUACCGCGGCUCGGUGUCCCUGGUGGUGAACGUGGCUAGCGAGUGUGGCUUCACAGACCAGCACUACCGGGCCCUGCAACAGCUACAGCGGGACCUGGGGCCUCACCACUUCAACGUGCUUGCCUUUCCCUGCAACCAGUUUGGCCAGCAGGAGCCCAACAGCAACAAGGAGAUCGAGAGCUUUGCCCGCCACACCUACAGUGUCUCUUUCCCCAUGUUUAGCAAGAUCACAGUCACCGGCACUGGUGCCCACCCUGCCUUCAAGUACCUGAUCCAGACUUCUGGAAAGGAGCCCACCUGGAACUUCUGGAAGUACCUAGUGGCCCCAGAUGGAAAGGUGAUAGGGGCUUGGGACCCAACCGUGUCGGUGGAGGAGAUAAGGCCCCAGAUUGCAGCUCUUGUGAGGAAGCUCAUCCUGAAGAAGCGAGAAGACUUAUAACUACUUUCCCUCCUCUCCCAAAGCAAACUCAAAUGGUGCUACAAGGGAGAGACUACUGACUCUCCUUCCUCCAUCUUAUCCCACCUACCCCAUCACUCCUGUCUGGGGAAAAUUCUAGUAGUUUGAUUAUUUGAUCUUAGAGCAACCUGUAAGAACCCCUGACCAGUGACAGCUCUUGACCAGUGACUCAACAACCAAUAAGAACCUCUAGCCCAUGAAAACAUGUGGCAAAUAGAGGUACAAGCAAUAAUCUCCUACCUGUUAUGAACUCUCUAAAAUGAGGCCAAUUCCUACCUCACAGGGCUGUUGUGAGUAUGAGGAUGAAAGGCCUAUGAAAGUGCCUAGGGCAGUGCCAGCUAACUAGGAGGCAUUCAAUAAAUUUUUUGCAUAUGAACCAAAAAAUAAGUUGUGAUCAAUAAAAACUUGAACCCAACAUGAAUUUCCAGCCAUGAGAAUCCAAGCCAAACAUUUGUUGUUGUUGUUGUUGUUUUCCUGUGUAUUUUUUUCAAUUACAAAAGUAAUACAAAUUCAUUGUAAAAUAAGAUGAUACAAAAUAAAAAUGAAACUAUCCCUCUCAUUUCCUAUAUGGUCACUCCCUGGAGGUAAACACUGUUAGCAGUUUGGUACCAAGUCUUCUCAGACUUUUUUUUAUCAAGCCUAUCACUAUUGCCCAAUAAGCAUUCACUGACCAAAAGUACACUACAAACAGGCAAAGGAUAAGAACAGAUAAUUCACAGAAAAAUAGAGACAGAUAAUGAGGAUAUGAAAAGAUGUUCAGCCUCAUUCAAGUUGGAAAGAUUUUGUUAAAUGAUAAUACCUGUCAUUGGUGAGGAUGUGGGGAAAUGGGCAUUCGCAUAAGCUGUCGGUGGAACAACAAACUGGCACAAGUUUUUAGAGGAUGACUUGUCAAUAUCUUUUAAAACAAAAUGUUUAUAUGCUUUGAUCCACCAUUUCUCCUUUUAAAAGACUCCCAAACUGUGCAAAUAUGUGUGUACAAUAAUAUGUAUGUACAUUGUUCAUAAUGGUGAAAAUUUGAUGCAAUCCUUGUGUCCAUCAGUAUGGUUUGGUAAAAAAUUAUGGUACAAAUCCAAAUGAUAAUAAUAACUAAUACAGGGCUUCCCUGGUGGGGCAGUGGUUAAGAAUCCUCCUGCCAAUGCAGGGGACACAGAUUCGAGCCCUCGUCCGGGAAGCUCCCACAUGCUGUGGAGCAAUUAAGCCCAUGUGCCACAACUACUGAGCCUGCGCUCUACAGCCCGUGAGCCACAACUGCUGAGCCCGUGUGCCACAACUACCGAAGCCUGUGCACCUAGCGCCCGUGCUCCACAACAAGAGAAGCCACCGCAAUGAG